CAGUAGGCUUUGUUGGUAUUGAUUAUCUGUGUUUUGUCGGCUUUCGUAGAUCAUGAAAUUGAUGAUGACAAUGAUGCAAUCUCUAUCCGCCAUUUUUCACGCAUUCAUUCAAAGACGGGAUGGGUAUGUAGUCUCUGCAGCCAGGGGUAACUUCGUACUACCAGUGUGAUCAAUAGGGUUUCAAGAGCGCCACCACUUCCAAACCUCAUGGCCGCACCAGGUUUUCUUUGAGGGCGAUUACAACGGUGGUCAAUUCUUGUGACGGUAUUAUCAGCGUCUCUUGCAUUUUUGUGGUUUGUGCGGUCUUUUCCGGUUUUGUUUUUCUCCCUCAACAGUGGGGAAUGUUGUGGUACACGCCAUUUUGGUCGAGUGUGGUGCACCAGUACAAACAUAUGGCAAUCAGCGAGGACAGUGAAGGAUUGAUCUUCGACGAUGACGAUGAAGGCAAAACUCUGGCGAGCGAUGGGAAGGCGACCCUUCUGGUGCUAGGCAUGAUAGGUUCUCAAACGAAUUUUCUGGAGGUUCAGAUUCUCUUCUACCAUACUACAGCAGCUCGCCAUCCUCUGGAACCACCUCCCUGUGAGGAAGUAAUCUGUGGAAAGUUUUUAUUUUCGUAUUAUUUUUCCUUUCACAGUGCUUAUUUUUAUUUCAGUUCAAGCAGGUAUGGUCGGAGUAUUUUGAUUUCUGAUGAACUCUUAUUAGGCAAUGUUUCAUUUGCGGUCGUUUUAGACAUCCGCAUGCACAUUUUGUGUCUAGCGAAUCAGGUUGUUUGUAUGGGUGGCUGAUUCUAAGUCUAUUCCUAGG